UUUUAUCGGCCUUCUUGUGGCAAGUCUGCUCACUCUCCACACCUGCAAACCUUUAUAGUUUUAAUUUACAAAAUGGCUUCUGAGUUUGAACUCUGUCCUGGAAGAAGAAUAGGGGGCUCCAAUCCCUGUUUUAUCAUUGCUGAGAUUGGACAGAACCAUCAAGGAGACAUUGAGAUUGCCAAAAGAAUGAUCCGAAUGGCUAAGGAUUGUGGAGCUGACUGUGCUAAGUUUCAGAAGAGUGAGAUCGAGCACAGAUUCACCAAACAUGCUCUGGAGCGUCCUUAUACGUCUCCUCAUGCCUGGGGCCCAACCUAUGGAGCUCACAAGCAACACCUAGAGUUUAGUCACCAGCAGUACAGAGAACUACAGCAGUAUGCAAAUGACAUUGGCAUUUUCUUUACAGCAUCAGGAAUGGACGAGAUGGCUGUAGAAUUUCUUCACGAGAUAAAUGUACCAUUUUUUAAAGUGGCCUCAGCAGACACAAACAACAUACCGUACCUGGAGAAAACGGCAAAGAAAGGUCGCCCCAUGGUGAUCUCCAGUGGUAUGCAGUCUAUGGAGACCAUGCGCUGUGUUUACCAAACAGUGAAGAAGCACAAUCCGAAUUUCACCUUUCUGCAGUGCACCAGCGCUUAUCCACUGCCAACAGAGCACAUCAAUCUAAGUCUGAUCACUGAAUUUCAGAAGGAGUUUCCAGACAUUCCCAUAGGCUACUCUGGACAUGAGACAGGCAUUUAUGUGUCGGUGGCUGCCGUGGCAUUGGGAGCAAAGGUGUUGGAGCGUCAUGUGACCUUGGACAAGACCUGGAAAGGCAGUGACCAUUCAGCUUCAUUGGAGCCAGCUGAGCUUGCAGAACUGGUGAAAGCUAUCAGGACUGUUGAGGUGGCCAUGGGUUCACCAAUCAAACAACUGCUGUCCUGUGAAUCAUCCUGUCAUAGCAAGUUGGGUAAGUCAGUGGUUGCCCGGAUGCCACUGAAGAAGGGUGUGAUGUUAACCCUCGACAUGUUGACAAUAAAAGUGGCUGAACCGCAUGGUGUGUCACCAGAGAACAUCUUUAAGCUGGUGGGAAAAAGGAUCACCGUGGACGUGGGGGAAGAUGUUGCCAUAACUGAUGAUAUGAUAAAAUAUUAAUGAUCUUUUUCAGACAUAUUAUUGAUGAAAAGCUCUUUUUAGCCAAUAAUAAAUCUACUUCAGGGUUUUAUGCAUUUAUUAUCAGUGUGUAUGUGCCUUUAAUAUGCAUGUGUACAUAUACUAUGUAACCAUGUUAGUGCCAUUUGAAACAUUAUCCUCUGGAUAUCCAUAUAUCAUGUUUCUCAUUUUCAUCAUCAGGUUACAAAAUUUAUAACAAGGCUGUAAACACACCUCUGUAAAGUUUUUAAAUACACUUUGCACUUUCGACUCUAGUUUGUGCACUUUGUUCAACUUGACCUCUUUUGGUUUUUGCAAUGAAUAAAGUCUUUCAACCAAAAA